AUGGGCCUCAGUAACUUUGCUCUCAUUAUUAUCGUGCUUGUGGGUGCCCUUGCCUCGGUCACCCUUGCGGCAGCAGUAUUCGGCAGCCUCACCACUCCUCGGGAAUCUACUCUGUGGUCCCCACCCGCGGAACAGCAGCAAUAUAUGCGAAAGGCUAGAGACAUAUAUCGAAGCCUACUUAUGGAAGAAAACGGAAUCAGAUACCCAAAUUCUCAAAGGCUAGGGCGGAGCGGUUGA